CUUUUCAUGUUGGUGGACUUAACGCAACUAUUAUGAAACUGAUCGCAGUAAUCGUCAAUGCUCUGCUUCCAUUCCUAGUAUUUGUCCCUUGUGCAGAAUUAGCACCAACAUUUACGGCAAGUCCUCCAGAUCCAUUCUAUGUUCUGGAAGGUAACAACAUCACCUUGAUGUGGCACUACAACCUUGAUGGAUCGUUUGAUGAUGUUGUCUUUCGGUUCAUCGGCAGCACUUCCACCCUCACCAUUGUGGAUAAACAUGACAUAAACCGCGACGCUGCGGUUCCAGAAAGUGUUUACCAGGGUCGCAUUCUAGAAAAUAUCAAUGCUACCCAAGCAGAAAUUACAAUCUUUGCACUGCAGAGAUCGGAGAGUGGAGAGUACGAAAUUGAAUUGAUCAACAGUAAUCGGCUGCGUGUUAGUGACAGAGUGACUGUUCAAGUACAGUAUCCACCAGAAUUAAACGUUAGUGGCGAUGUAGUUGUUAUUGAAGGCGGCCCCAGUGUUACAUUAGUGUGCACAGCAGAUGGUGAACCAAUACCAAACAUCACCUGGACCAGAUUACGUGCCAAUGAAACUGACAGUGGUGUAGUGGCAACUGGGAAUCAGUUUGUCCUUGAAAACAACAGAAAUAAUAGUGGAACAUAUCGUUGUACAGCAUAUAAUGCAAUAGGAACUGCAUUAAAUCGCACAGUUACAGUUAAUGUUAAUUAUAAACCAGAGAAUGUCAAGUUAAUGGUAAAUGACUCAGUUGUAAGUGAAAGUGAUGUCAUCAGUAUCACCUGCUCAGCAGAUGGUCAACCUGCAGUGCAUACUUAUCAACUAUUUGAGAAUGAAAUACCAGUUAAUAAUGGAAACAGCUCAGCUGGGGCAUGGAUAAGGAAAGAUUUAAAAGAAGGAGACGUUAGCUACAGAUGUGUGGCUAAUAACACUGUUGGUACAACUGAGACGACUGUAAAUGUCACAUUGAAAGAUAAACCAGAAAAGUUCAACUUCACAGUAAGUCAAUCAACUGUGUGCCAGGGUUCUGUGGUCACGUUCAAUUGUUCAGCAGAUGGAAAUCCCCCUGUGGAUACAUAUCAGUUGUUAGAGAAUGGUGUGCCCAUGAGGAAUGGCAGCAGCAGUCCUGGAAUGUGGAGCAAGAACAUGUCAACUGGAGGAGUGUUUAACUACAAAUGCAUGGCAAACAAUUCUGUGGGAACAGCGUACAGCAUGACGGCAACAGUUACUGUACAUGUAUCAUCAUCCGUACAAGCUAUGCAAGAGCAGAAUGUAACUGAAGGCCACAAUUUUACUUUGACAUGUAAUGUAUCUGAAAUACCUCCACCAUUGGUGUCUUGGAUUAGGCCUGAUGGUCAGAGUGUUGCUGGAAAGGUAUUGGAGUUUAUGAAAAUUAACAGGAGUGAAGCAGGAGAAUACACAUGUGAAGCGAGUAACGAGUGUGGCAACUCAACAGAGAUGACAAGCAUUAAUGUGCAGUUUAAACCGGAGAAUGUGGAGCUGGAAAUAUCUGCAAUGAAUGAUAAAGUCUGUCAGGGUGAUGUCGUCAACUUUACCUGCUCAGCUAUUGCUAAUCCAGCAGUGAGCUCAUACCAGCUGUUUGAGAACGACACUGCUAUUUUACCCAAAAAUGCUGAAGGAAUGUGGAACAGGACAUUUACAAGUGGAGGAGUGUAUUUCUACAAAUGUGUGGCUAGUAACACGAUGGGAUCAAUAAACAGCACGAGUGUUAUGGUUACAGUCAACGUGCCCUCUAAAGUUUAUCCGUUGGAGAACAUCACAGUGAUAGAGGGAGAAAACAGGACUUUAACCUGUAAUGUUUCUGGAAGUCCUGCUCUGACUGUAACAUGGACAGAAGUUAGCAGUCGUAGUCAGUCCAAUGGAAUCAUGCGUUAUCUUACAAACAUCAACAGGAGUAAUGCUGGUGAAUACGUAUGUAAAGCUAAAAAUGACUGUGGAAACAGCUCUGCCAGAACUUUCCUCACUGUGCUCUAUAAACCAGAAAAGUUCAACUUCACAGUAAGUAACUCAACUGUGUGCCAGGGUUCUGUGGUCACCUUCAACUGUUCAGCAGAUGCAAAUCCCCCUGUGGAUACAUAUCAUUUGUUAGAGAAUGGUGUGCCUGUGAGGGAUAGCAGCAACAGUCCUGGAAUGUGGAGCAGGAGCAUGUCAACUGGAGGAGUGUUUAACUACAAAUGCAUGGCAAACAACUCUGCGGGAACAGCGUACAGCAUAAGCGUAACAGUUACCGUAAAUGUACUAUCAUCCAUACAAGCAAUUCGAGAUCAGAAUGUAACUGAAGGCCACAAUUUCACUCUGACAUGUAAUGUAUCUGGAUUGCCUCCACCAUGGGUGUCUUGGAUUAAGCCUGAUGGUCAGAGUGUUGCUGAAAAGGUAUUGGAGUUUAUGGAAAUUAACAGGAGUAAAGCUGGAGAAUACACAUGUGAAGCGAGUAACGAGUGUGGCAACUCAACAGAGAUGGCAAGCAUUGAUGUGCAGUUCAAACCGGAGAAUGUGGAACUGGCAAUAUCUGCAAUGAACAAUAAAUCCUGUCUGGGUGAUGUCGUCAACUUUACCUGCUCAGCUCAUGCUAAUCCAGCCGUGAGCUUAUACCAGCUGUUUGAGAACGAUACUGCUCUUUUAGACACAAACGCUGUAGGAAUGUGGAACAGGACAUUUACAAGUGGAGGAGUGUAUUUCUACACAUGUGUGGCUAAUAACACGCUGGGGUCAAUAAAUAGUACAAGUGUUAUGCUUAAAGUCAACGUUCCCCCUAAGGUUUAUACAUUGGAGAAAAUCACAGUGAUAGAGGGAGAAAACAGGACUUUAACCUGUAAUGUUUCUGGAAGUCCUGUGCUGGCUGUAACAUGGACAAAAGCUGGCAGCCGUAACCAGUCCAUUGGAAUCAUGCUUUAUCUUACAAACAUCAGCAGGAAUAAUGCUGGUGAAUACGAAUGUAAAGCUACAAAUGACUGUGGAAAUAGCUCUGCUGGAACUUUCCUCAUUGUGCUCUAUAAACCAGAAAAGUUCAACUUCACAGUGAGUAACUCAACUGUGUGCCAGGGUUCUGUGGUCACCUUCAACUGUUCAGCAGAUGCAAAUCCCCCUGUGGAUACAUAUCAUUUGUUAGAGAAUGGUGUGUAUGUUAGGAAUGGCAGCAACAGUCUUGAAAUGUGGAGCAGGAACAUGUCAACUGGAGGAGUGUUUAAUUACAAGUGCAUAGCAAACAACUCUGUGGGAACAGCGUACAGCAUGAGUGUAACAGUUACUGUAAAUGUACCAUCAUCCAUACAAGCAAUACAAGAUCAGAAUGUAACUGAAGGCCACAGUUUUAGUCUGACAUGUAAUGUAACCGGAAUGCCUUCACCAUGGGUGUCUUGGAUUAAGCCUGAUGGUCAGAGUGUUGCUGGAAAGGUAUUGGAGUUUUUGAAAAUUAAUAGAAGUGAAGCUGGAGAAUACACAUGUGAAGCGAGUAACGAGUGUGGCAACUCAACAGAGAUGGCAAGCAUAGAUGUGCAGUUCAAACCGGAGAAUGUGGAACUGGCAAUAUCUGCAAUGAACAAUAAAGCCUGUCUGGGUGAUGUCGUCAACUUUACCUGCUCAGCUAUUGCUAAUCCGGCGGUGAGCUUGUACCAGCUGUUUGAGAACGACACUGCUCUUUUAGACAAAAACGCUGUAGGAAUGUGGAACAGGACAUUUACAAGUGGAGGAGUGUAUUUCUACAAAUGUGUGGCAAAUAACACGAUGGGAUCAAUAAACGGUAAAGAUGUUAGGCUUACAGUCAAAGUGCCCUCUAAGGUUUAUCCAUCGGAGAACAUCACAAUGAUAGAGGGAGAAAACAGGACUUUAACCUGCAACGUUUCUGGAAGUCCUGUACUGACUGUAACAUGGACAGAAGUUAGCAGCCGUAGUCAGUCCAAUGGAAUCAUGCGUUAUCUUACAAACAUUAGCAGGAAUAAUGCUGGUGAAUACGAAUGUAAAGCUAUAAAUGACUGUGGAAAUAGCUCUGUCAGAAUUUUCCUCACUGUGCUCUAUAAACCAGAAAAGUUCAACUUCACAGUGAGUAACUCAACCGUGUGCCAGGGUUCUGUGGUCACCUUCAACUGUUCAGCAGAUGCAAAUCCCCCUGUGGAUACAUAUCAUUUAUUAGAGAAUGGUGUGUAUGUUAGAAAUGGCAGCAACGGUCUUGGAAUGUGGAGCAGGAACAUGUCAACUGGAGGAGUGUUUAACUACAAGUGCAUAGCAAACAACUCUGUGGGAACAGCGUACAGCAUGAGUGUAACAGUUACUGUAAAUGUACUGUCGUCCAUACAAGCAAUACAAGAUCUGAAUGUAACUGAAGGCCACAACUUAUUUCUGACAUGUAAUGUAUCUGGAAUGCCACCACCAUGGGUGUCUUGGAUUAAGCCUAAUGGUCAGAGUGUUGCUGGAAAGGUAUUGGAGUUUAUGAAAAUUGACAGGAGUGAAGCUGGAGAAUACACAUGUGCAGCGAGUCAUGAGUGUGGCAACCCAACAGAGAUAGCAAGCAUUGAUGUGCAGUAUAAACCAGAAAAGUUCAAUUUCACAGUAAGUAACUCAACUGUGUGUCAGGGUUCUGUGGUGACCUUUAACUGUUCAGCAAAUGGAAUUCCUCUGGUGGAUACAUAUGAGUUGUUAGAGAAUGGUGUGCUUGUUAGGAAUGGCAGCAACAGUCUUGGAAUGUGGAGCAGGAAUAUGUCAACCAAAGGAGUAUUCAACUACAAAUGCAUGGCAAAGAACUCAGUAGGAACGGCGUACAGUAUGAGUUUAAACGUUACGGUAGAUGGUGUACAAGCAAUAGAUAAUAGGACAGUCACUGAAGGAGGAAAUGUGACUUUGACUUGUCAAACAUACGGAAGAAGCUUCCAAAGGCUAACUUGGUUCAAACCUGAUGGUCAAUCUGGAGAUGAAAAUGUACUGGAGCUUGUAAACAUUAGCAGGAAUGAAGCAGGAGAAUACAGAUGUGAAGUCCAUAGUGAAUGUGGCAAUGAAACAGAAACAGUAAACAUCGAUGUCCAAUACAAACCAGAGAUCGUGGAUUUAAAAACAUCGUCAUUUGCUGGCACACAUUGUCAGGGUGACAUCAUCAGCUUUAAUUGCUCAGCUUAUGCUAAUCCAUCCGUAGCGUCAUAUCAGUUGUUUGAGAACGAAACUGCUAUCCUAGACACAAACCCAUCAGGAAUGUGGAACAGGAGACUGCCAGCUGGGGGAGUGUUCAUGUACAAAUGUAUGGCCAACAACUACUUGGGAUCAGAAGACAGUUUACCUGUUAUUGUCGAAGUGAAUGUGCCUUCAUCUAUACCUGCACUACAAGAUCAGAGUGCAACUGAAGGUGACAAUGUGACUCUGUCGUGUCCUGUAUCUGGAAUGCCUCCCCCAGUGGUGUCUUGGAUGACACCCAAUGGUCAGCGUCACAGUGGCAACAUGUUGGAGCUUACAAGCAUUAACAGAAGUGAAGCCGGUGAAUACAAAUGUGAAGCCAGCAACGAGUGUGGCAAUGCAACAAGGACAGCAAGCAUUCAUGUGCAGUUGAAGUUGCCCGGAAACCCUUGCCUUGUGGAAUGUACCAAUGGACAAACUUGCAGAGAAUUUGGAAAACACUUUUGUCUUUGUCCAAAGGGAAAAAAGGGAAAAGAUUGCAAAGAAAAUGACACAGUGACAAUUGUUAUCAUGAUCAGCCUUAAAAUUAGCAAUAAAAAGUGGAGAGAGGAACUUACAGACUUGUCUGACCUAGAUACACAACUGUUUGUUGGAAUAAUAAUACGUUCGGUCGAUGAAGAAUUUAAAGGUUCUGGCGUUAGAGAAAUUAAUGUAACGCACCUGAGAGAGGGAAGUGUUAUCGCAGACAUAUCGCUCACUUUUGACGAGCCUGUUGGAGAAAGUGAAGUAGAAUCAUUGCUUCUAGAUGCAAUUAACGAUGGAAGCCUUGGUACCCUAAAAGUAGAUACUUUUUCUGUAGGAUCAACUAUUUCAGUUACUGUUCCCCGUCCAGUUCCAUCUGAACCAGCAAAAGUGAAUAAGGAUGCUAUUUAUGGCUCAGUUAUUGGGGUCCUUGCCUUUAUGUUCGCUGUUGCUAUUAUUUUCAUUGCCUGGAAGCGCCGCAAACGUGAAAAAGAUGAUCGACUUAAUACAGUCCUUAAAGAGUCACAUAGGCCUCACAUUAACGAGGCAAUUGAACUGGAAAGUAGCGAUGGGAACCUUAGCACCGUGGUGCAUCAUGGUCGCGGAAAUUACAUGGAACUGAAUGAAGUUAGAUCACUUAAUGAACCUGCCACGGACCCAGCGCGAAGUUAUUUAGAAAUAAACGAAUACGCUCCCCUGCAUCCAGGAACGCGCUCAUGGGAAGUGGAAAGAGAAAAUGUAACGAUUGAAAAGGUUAUUGGAAAAGGUGCCUUUGGUCAAGUCGCCCAGGGAAAAGCUUCAAACCUUCGAGGAAGAGAGGAGACAAUUACAGUUGCCAUAAAAAUGCUGAAAGAUAACGCCACAGACACAGAGAGGAAAGACUUGCUGUCAGAGCUUGAAGUCCUGAAGAAACUCAAGCCUCAUCCACACGUUAUCAAGUUGCAGGGUUGCGUAACUGAAUCAGAUCCUUUGCUUGUACUUAUCGAGUAUGUCCCGUAUGGAGAUCUCCUGGGCUAUUUGAGAAAGAGCCGACAUUUAGAAGAUAAUUACUUCAAGGACCCGGAUAUUAAGCCACAGACGAGUUUGACUUCCCGGCAACUAAUGAAGUUUUCCUGGCAAGUAGCCGAUGGUAUGCAUUAUUUGUCCUCAAAAAAUAUUAUUCACCGCGACCUUGCAGCCCGGAACGUCUUGGUUGGAGAGCAAGAACGAUGUAAGGUAACCGAUUUUGGAAUGGCAAGAGACGUCUGCCAGGAAAACAUCUACGAAAGGAAAUCAAAGGGAAGACUGCCAGUAAAAUGGACAGCUUGCGAAGCGCUGUUAUACGGACGAUAUACUACGAAAAGUGAUGUAUGGAGUUUUGGAAUUGUGCUUUACGAAAUCUUUACGAUAGGUGGCUCUCCUUAUCCGAAGAUUGACGGAAGAAAAAUGGCAGAUUUACUGACUCAGGGUUACAGGAUGCCUAAACCACGACACGUGGACGAUACCCUUUACAAGAUAAUGCAAGACUGUUGGCAAGAGAACCCAGAUGAUCGCCCAAUUUUUGAGAAUCUUAAGAACGAUUUGAAGGAAAUGGAAAAUCAACAUCAGAGGCUCAUCAACAUGCAACAUUAUGACAACAUCCUUUACGCAAGCAUGGAUUAGGCUCUUGUUCAAGAAUUGUGGAAACAACUCUUAUCAUCAUAGGCGGAAACCGUUUCUUCCACACACCUCAAGCAAUAGAAAUUUAAAACUAGAUGUGUCCUGAUGCUAAAUCAAGUCCCUUUUAUAAUGCAGCUAACAACCAAGGGAAGUACCCUGCCCAUAAAGCGACGUAAAAGUCGGAGUAAAGUGAUCAGUUGUUGCUAAUUACCAUGUAGUUUAAUUGGUAUUUGGUAUAGAAGUCAAGAUGAACCAUUACCUAUUAUAUCGAUAUUUAGUCAAUAGUUAUUAGAAUGAUUUAAUUAGGAUAACUGCGCAUUUUAAGCGUUGUUCAGCCCACUUUAUUGAAUGUUGCACUCGAAAAUAAGGUUUUGGUUAAAUGUUAGAUGUUAUUGCUGACACACUUUAGAAACUUUAGCUGAGGAAGCGCUGGAGAAAUUGUUUUCGUUAUUGCAUUCUGUGAGCUAAUGGACAUUUAAAGUUUGGAAUGAGCCUGCAUUUUGAUAUAUAAGCAAGUAGCUUAAAUGCGUCCUUGAAUAAAAACUGCAACCACAA